GCAGUGAUCGGCGCCGCAGCCGAGCUUGUGGCCGUCCUGGGAGGCAGCACGUUGGCAAAAGGUGCAGCAGAUGAUGUACUGCGCCGCCUGAAGGAUUGGUUUGUGUGCAAUCGUGCUGCUGUGCAUCCUGCUCCCGCAUCGGAGCACGAGUCGGACAACAGUGGUUUUGUUUCGCUUGUCACGGACAGCGACCGCUACUACUUGGCACCCAAUGAGAAAAUCAAUGAAAACACCGUGGACAUGGAGAUCGAGGAGCCCCUGGAGAUGGGAGGUUCGGUCAGUGGGCCCACGAUUUUCGAUGUCACCGGCGACGUGGAGGACGAGUUCCGCUCUGAAUGUCCUGGGGUCUCUUCGGGGACCUCGCGUAACUCCUCCGAGGACUCCUUCGACGCGGACGGGGAAGGGUACGGCUUUCCCGAGGCGCAAGAGCAUCCCAUGGGCGCCGGCAAGGGGAAGGCACAGGAGCUUGCCACCCCAAUGUCUGCAGUGCCUUGUGCUCUUCAGGAUGAUGGUGCAUCCACCUCCGCCCGCAGUCAGCAGUCGGUGAGGAAGCCCUUCUUCGUGGACCAGCUUGCUCAUUCUAUCGUGAAGAGGAGUUUGCCCUUAGAAUACAAACACUUCAACGUGGAAGCGGUCGGGCGGGACCUGAUCAUCGCCUACCUGGAGUCGCGCGACGCCAGCCACGCGAGGAUAUUCUACGGUCUGGAGGUGAGCCUGCUCAAGGCGGCGAGGCGGCACCUCCGUCUCAGCCAGGCUCCCGAGCUUUUGCCGCGAG